AUUGGCUUCGGACCGCUCGCCAUUUUCAUCAGCCAUUCGAGGAAUAACACAAACAUUUAUCAGUGAUAAGACGUCUUUUUUGUACCGGCGGGACAGCUCUCCAUGAUGAUGGAAAUGGAGGUGAUGCGUUCCAGUCAACAGGACAUGGACAUGAUCGACAUACUCUGGAAGCAGGACAUUGAUCUCGGCGCCAGGCGUGAGGUGUUUGACUACAACCACCGUCAGAAAGAGCAUGAGCUGCAGAGGCAGCGGGAGCUGGAGGAGGAGAAGAGACUGCAUUUGCUGCGGGAGCAGGAGAAGGCCCUGCUGGCACAGCUACAGCUAGACGAGGAGACGGGAGAGUACAUACCUCGUCCACCAAGCAGCACGCCUCUGCAGUCGGCCGUCACACCUCUAGAGGUUACACAGAAUGUGAGCUUCACAGAGGAGAAUGGUGAUGCAAUGUCGUUUGAUGAAUGUCUGCAGCUACUGGCAGAGACAUUUCCUGUAGAGGAAACUGAGAAUGCUUCAGUUUGCCUGGACACACCUGCCGUUUCAGUACCCAUCAGCAGCAACAUGAUGAUGUCCCCCGAGCAGCCAGCUCUAUCGCCAGCCACCCUCUCCCCGGGUCAUAUGCCAUCACCCCACAGGAUGUCUCCAGACUUGGAGCAGGCCUGGAUGGAGCUUUUGUCCCUCCCUGAGCUGCAGCAUUGCUUGAGCAUGCAAAUGGAGGACACACUGGAGACCACAACUUAUCCUCUUCCAAACAGUCCUGAAGUGCAGAAUCCAAACUACUCCUUCUACCCCAUGACCACUCUCACAGACGGGAAUACAAACAGUUUAAAUGUUGCUCCUGCAGAGUUUAUAAAUACAUUUGGUGGCUCUGUUCCCAGUAUGGCUCCAUCAGAUGAUCUCAGCCAGAUGAAAGCAAAAACCCCUCAGUUAAAUGCUGACUUCAGUGCAGAACCUUUCUGUGACAUAUUCUAUCCCAACGCAAUGAUGCAAGAGACUUGUGGUCCGCAUAGCAUUGAAGGAAAUGACAGCACCACCAUAUCUGAUAUCUCAGACAAGGCCCCCUACACAACCAUGGACCUCUACAGUCUCUCGCCUGGAGAUGCAUUUGACAGAGGCAAACAGAAUUUGGCCACAGAUCUGCCAGACUCAGAUUCUGGGAUCUCUGCACAUGCAAGUCCAAAUUCUAGCUCACCUGGGAAGUCUCUUUAUGGAAGUGGGUCCUUUGGUUCCAGCGAUUCAGAGAUGGAGGAGAUGGACCACAACCCUGGCAGUGUAGAAUCUGACUACUCUGAGAUGUUUUCAUUAAAUUUCCACCCUGAUGAUCUUGAGCAGGCAGGUUCUGUAUCUACCCUCGCUGGGCAGCCACAUCAGCAGGAAAAGAAACCCAAACACAUCAAGGUGGACCCAGCAGAAGAGAGUGGUCACAGCAACACUCCCUUCACCAAAGACAAGCAGAAGAAACGCUCUGAUGUGCGUCUCUCCAGAGACGAGCAGAGGGCUAAGGCCCUCAAAAUCCCUUUCACCGUUGACAUGAUUAUCAAUCUGCCCGUUGAUGACUUCACUGAGAUGAUGUCAAAGCACCAACUGAACGAGGCCCAGCUGGCCCUGGUCCGUGACAUACGCCGCCGCGGCAAGAACAAGGUGGCUGCCCAGAACUGCCGCAAACGCAAGAUGGAGAACAUAGUGGGUCUGGAGGGUGAACUGGACUCACUGAAGGAGGAAAAAGCACGUCUGCAGAGCGAGAAGAGCAAGAACGUCACAGACCUGAAGGAAAUGAAGCGGCAGCUCAACAGCUUGUACCUGGAGGUCUUUGGUAUGUUGAGAGAUGAGAAGGGGAACUCCUACUCCCCGUCGGACUACUCCCUGCAGCAGUCAACGGAUGGCAGCAUCUUUCUUGUUCCUCGCAUUAAAAAGACUUACAACAGCAAAGAAAACCACUUAUCUUCUUUGUAAUAUGGUACUGCAUUAUCAUAGUAUACUAUGCAAUAACUUUGUAGUCACUCAGCUUUAAGCAUUAGUAGCCCAGCAGAACUAUUGUAUAGUUUUUGCUCACAUCUCUUGAAUGUUGUAAUAUUUUUGAUAUUUUUCUUCUUUUGUACUCUGAUACCCUCACAGAUUCUAUAACCAGUAGUUUGUAAAUAUAAGCAUUACUUGUUUGAU